AGCUAGCUUGCUACCAUUAGCAGUUUGUCCACUGAGGUAACUACAGUAAACUGCAUGGUUUGCUGAGGUUAUGUAUUUUUAAACAAAUCAAACCCGUCUCACCACACGUUUUCCUGCCAACACGACGACCAGGACAGUGGAUUUUCUCAGUCACUCCAGAACCUUUCCACUCCCUCAGCUCUGAAGAUGGAGGAGGGCCAUGUCCACUGUAUGUCCUGUAUUAACCACAGAUGCAUGGUCCGAGUUGAACCAGGGAUUUCUUGCGACCUCAUCACGUGUCCUUUGGUGUGUGGGGCCGUGUUUCACUCCUGCAAAGUUGAUGAGCACCAGCUUAUGUGUCCACUGAUGAGGAUUCCCUGCCUCAACAGCGGCUACGGCUGCCCCGCCACCUUGGUGCGCAACCAGAUGUACGCUCACCUGGAAGUGUGUCCGGCUGGAGUGGUGUGCUGCACCAUGGAGUGGAACAGAUGGCCCGUUAGCUGCCUGGACUACACUUCCUAUGAGAGCCUGAGCCGGGGGGUGGAGGAGGUGGAGCAGCUGGACAUGGCGCUCGCUCUACAGGACCAGCGUACGCUACUCGAGUCCCUCAAGGUGAUUGCCAUGGCACCUACUGCACAAGGAGAGCCGCUUGUUCCUCCUGUUAGUAAGGAGAGCAGGGCAACACAUUCCGCCAUGCUAACAUCUGCUCCUGUUGAGUCACCUUCACAGUCCUCACACCAGUCACAACCACCACCACCACCUCCACCAGGGUCAGCGAAAGAGAAAAUUAUGAGUGGAAUUAACGGCUUGAAUGAGGAGCACUAUAGCAAACUGUACGAGGCCACAGUGGAGACUGCCAGAAGCUUAGUCGCUGCUUUAGAGUUUGCUAGCAGUGCCAGCUCAGGUGAAAGCAGCACAGAGUGUGUGAACAGAGGAGCUGCUACGAGACGUAGACUGAGCAGCAAUGGAGAGCUUCCAAACGGACUGGAAGACAAAAUGAUUCUAGAUGCUGACGGUUUGCACAAAAGAGACACGAAGGAGCAAAGUGUUUGUUCGAGUUGUUUGAAUGGAAAUGGGAAUCGAAAAGAAGCAGAUGUAAAGAUUAUAAACACAGCCAAUGGACCGUUGUCAGGAGCAACGGAGGCCUGUUUGGAGGCAGCAUGUCCUGCUGAAGUGCAGGACAACAUGGAUGUUGGUGUUUCUCAGGAGCCAGUGUCCCCUCAAAUGACGUCUCCAGUGCCUAUCAGCCAGGCUGUGGCUCACAGGGCUGGUCACGUGGUCCUGGAAGAUAGAGGGCUGGUUCUUUCAGAAAACCAUGGGCCAGAGAGGAAGUUCUACAACUACCAGUUUUUUAGAGGCCAGGGGCAAUAUUCACUAUCCAACGGACGGAUAGGUAUCAUGGCAGACAGGUCACUGUGCAGAGUUCGACCCAAAAUGGAGGACAAGGCAGUGGACACAUCGGAUUUAGAUCAGGACGACGAUCCAAUGGGUCUAGGAGAGAUCGAUCUGAUCACAGCAGCCCUACUCUUCUGUUUAGAAGAGUCCAGAGAGUGUCGAAGGAUCUCUGAUACAGUCUACGUUGACGGUUACCAUGUUGACUUUGGCACGCAGACUUUCACUUUUCCUGCAGCGAUUCUGGUGACCAACACUAGAGUAGGCGAUAUGGCGUCUGCGUCGGCCUGCGACCACGCUGCCCCUCAGAUCUCCUACCCCAGCCCUUUCCGCACUCUCCGCCUCGGCCUGGUUCUAGAAGCCCUGGAGGUCGAGGCGGUGCCACAUAACCGCUACCUCCCUCCCAACCCCCGCUACCAGCACAUGUUCCCCUUCGUCUGUGGUCAGUCAUUUCGCCGGGACCAGUUUUCUUCCCAUUUCACAAACGUCCACGGUGACAUUCACGCGGGUCUCAACGGUUGGAUGGAACAACGCUGCCCUCUGGCGUAUUACGGCUGCACUUUUUCCCAGCGGAGGUUUUACCCGUCCACUCAGGGGGCCAAGGUGGUUCACGACAGACACCUCAGGUCCUUCGGGGUUCAGCCGUGCCCAAGGGUGAACCUUCCAAGUGACUCUGACCAAUUCAGUGGCCUCCCCAUCGAGAUACUGUGGCACAUAGCGGGAUUCCUGGACAGUUUUAGCUUGUGCCAGCUGUCACUGGUAUCACGAACUAUGAGGGAGGUUUGUGCCAGCCUCCUCCAGACCAGGGGAAUAGUGGAGCUGCAGUGGGAACAAAGACAACGCCCUGGUCCUCAUGGGACUGUGUCAUGGCAGGUCAAAAAUACGGUGUGGCGAUUCAGCACUGCCUUCAGCCCCGUGUCGUCGUGGGGUUUCACCGACAUCCCCAGCAUGUCGAACCAUCUUAAGAAGUGCCAGUUCAACGUGGUGGAGCACAAGACGGAGCCCAUACCCCUUCCUGCCAUGUGCACCGCACGAGACGGACUCUCACUGCGCCGCGUCCUGCGCCACGUCAACACCUGACCAAACGAGGCCGACCUCUCCUAAGCUGCACGAGAGUCACUGUGCUACCAUGUGGAUGUUGCAAUUGCAGAUUUUCAGUUUGGAAAUAAACUUCCUGUAUUACACUAGAUUAUGAAGAAGCCUUAAUGACAUAUAACACUUCACUUGCCAGCUUUGUUGGUUUGGGUGGUCCAUGUGGGGAAAAAAUAAAUAAAUUAAGCACUUAGCUUUGCAUGGAUUUAUGCUGAAAACGUGCCCUUUACCUUUUACGAUAAAGUAUAUUUUCUCGAAGACAAAUAUGCACAACAGAUUUAUAUUAUUCUAUAUGAUAUAUUAAAGUGGAAUUUAAAUGUGUUCACUAUUCUGCCUUUCACUAGUAGCCAUGAGGGGAGGGAAAAAAGCACAUUGUCAGUUAAAUUGCAUUAUUUCUGUGUGUCAGAAGUUAUGCCAGCACUUUGCACAAUAUUUAGUAAUUUCUUAUCCGUUUUACAGUGACCCUAAAUUAUGUAUUUUUUUCUGAACCCUGCAGAACAACCCAGUGCAGAUCUGUUGCCUGGGUUUGUAGUGCAUCAGGACGUGAGUCUAAACAGAUGGACACCCCAAUAAUGCAUGUAAUUUGCUACCAUUUAAUAAAGUCUUUACAGCUUUUUGCA